UGCAGAUUCUCCAAACAGGAGCACAGACCGAUGGAGGCUCACAUGGACCGAGGAGCCUCGGGAAGACGGAGCAGAGGGGAUUUUUGGUUUUAUUUGAUAGCUCACCAUAGUUGUGGCAAUGUGACUGAUUGAUCCAUUAGAUGAACAGUAAAGAUUAAGGAGAUGACAAAUAAGCGUGCUGCUUACACUGCAACGCUUGGGGAUAAUCCUCCCCUUUCCACCCCCCGGACUCUCUUUUGAGGAGCUGCCACUGAUGAGCACCCUCAGACACCGUCUGACCCUGACUGUCAGAGGGACGGCACACAACCUGUACAUGUGCAACAAGUGUCAGCUCCCACUCAUGGCAGGACCUCAGUCCAUCUGCAUCUCCAAACCAGAGGCUGCAGCAGCGCAGUAGGAACUCCACCGCUGUCAACGCACACUUUUGAUUUUAAAACGUGGUUUCUUCAGCAACAGGAACUUUUUGUUUUUCACCUUUUUCUUCUGCUCCUCCUGGAUAACACAAGUGGUCCUUUGGUGUUGGAACUGAAAUGAUGGAGGAUCACCUUUCAAAGAUUCCCAUGAUGCCUUGCUCUUCCCCAAGUGAGUUGUCUGGCGGUGGAACUGAUGACAGAAGAGGUAAGACGUCCACAUCUUUGACAGCCAAGAGUCCAGCCCCGGGCAAAGCUCUGAGUCCGGCUCUGGUCUGUAAAGUGUGUGGAGACACCAGCAGUGGAAAACACUACGGAAUCUACGCCUGCAACGGCUGCAGUGGCUUCUUCAAACGCAGCGUGAGGAGGAGGCUCAUCUACAGAUGUCAGGCUGGAACAGGCCUGUGUCCAGUGGACAAAGCUCACCGCAACCAGUGCCAGGCAUGUCGGCUAAAGAAGUGUCUGCAGGCGGGCAUGAAUAAAGAUGCCGUGCAGAACGAACGGCAGCCUCGCAGCACCGCUCAGGUCCAUCUGGACUCCAUUGACGUGGACCCAGAGAAAGAGCACCUGGCCACCACCAGGGAGCCCUCCUCCUCCUCUUCUUCUUCCUCCUCCUCGUCCUCCUCCAGUGUCAUCACGUGGCCCCACAUCACAUCCUCCAUGUCCAUCACCUCCUCCGUGGCCCCCCAGCGCUGCAUCAGUCCCCAGAACAACCACCGUUUCAUGGCCAGCCUCAUGACGGCUGAAACCUGCGCCAAGCUGGAGCCUGAGGACGUCGAUGAAAAUGUUGAUGUCACCAGCAACGAGCCAGAGAGAUCGUCCUCAGAGUAUCACAUGGCUCUGUAUCCGUCCAGCUCUGAGAACGUGUACGAGACUUCAGCCAGGCUGCUCUUCGUCUCCGUGAAAUGGGCCAAGAACCUGCCGGUGUUUUCUAACCUGCCCUUCAGAGAUCAGGUGAUUCUGCUGGAGGAGGCCUGGAGCGAGCUCUUCCUGCUCUGCGCCAUCCAGUGGUCACUGCCACUGGACAGCUGCCCGCUGCUCUCCCUGCAGGACCUUUGUCCCGGCAUGCAGGGGAAGAGCAGCUACACCAGUCUGGACCUGCGCCUCCUGCAGGAGGUCUUCAGUCGCUUCAAAGCCCUCGCUGUCGAUCCCACUGAGUUUGCCUGCCUAAAAGCCAUCGUACUUUUUAAACCAGAGACCAGAGGGUUAAAAGAUCCAGAACAAGUAGAGAACCUUCAGGAUCAGUCUCAGGUGAUGCUGGGACAACACAUCCGCUCACACUACCCCAGUCAGCCCGCCAGGUUUGGAAAGCUGCUUCUCCUUCUUCCCUCUCUGCGCUUUGUGACAUCUGAGCGGAUAGAGCUGCUGUUCUUUCACAGAACUAUUGGAAACACUCCCAUGGAGAAACUGCUCUGUGAUAUGUUUAAAAACUAAAAGACUGGCCCCACUAUAUUUACACACAUGACAAUUAUCUUUGUGAGUUCGAAUCCAUAUCAAACAUGUGUGCAGUUCUUUUUUUCUAAUUGAGAGCCACUUUAUUUGUUGUUUCACUGGUCACCACACUCUCUGUCUUGGUAGUGCAUUCAGACUUUUUCGUUUUUGUCUCAUGUCUUUUACAACAGUGUUGAUUUCUUUGUGCGUCAGUUGAUGGUAGACAUACUGUCUGUGUACCACUGCUGACCAACGUGUAUCAUAUUCAUGGUGUCAUUUCUUAAUUAAGUCUGAAUUGUUUUAGUAUUUUCCAUGUCAGGCACGUAGAACAGACAUGAUGAUCAGACAGACGGCUUCACAUUCAUCACCAUACAUGUCACAUUAGGCUCAGAUGACUUCAGUGACCUUUAAAAUGAAAUAAAACAAAAUACAUGGUUUGACAUUGUAUUCUUUCACAAUUCUUUCUCAGAAAUGAAAAUAUUUAAAAAUAAUUGUUUUUAAAGUAUUACUAUUCAAGGGUGUGAAACAGUGACUUUUGUUUUAUUGUACACAGCAUUUUUCCUAAUUAAUUUAACAUUCAGUCUCAUGUUAUUAUAUUUAAAGGAAAAGUCUCUAAUGCUUAAA